GUGACAGCUUGUUUCCUUGGCAACGGUGAUUAUGGAGUUCCAUCCAAGACUCUGAUCAGGGCUACAACUUUUCAAAGGAUGCAGAAUACAGCCCCACUGUGGGGAAGAUGGGAAGAAAAUAUUUUACUGUAGACAAAUAGCUUUAUGCGAGUCGUGAGAAGUUAAUGCAACAGCAAGACAUGUCAAAAAGCUCCUCAGGUCUGAAUACAAGCAGCCAUAGAUUCUGUAAAUCCUAUUCCUCUCACUGUUCUGCUCUAAGUGAUACAGAUACUACUUUGCCAGUUUUAUCAAGACACAGAGGAAUACUCCAGCAGAGCACUGACUCAGGGAUAUCUUCACCACUUCCCUCAGAUUCCUUCAAGUAUCUCACUUGGCAUGAGUUAAAAGAACAUGAUGUUCGCGGAAAUGAGAUUCGUUGCCCCCGGGUGAGAGAAGGGCCUUCAGCAGAAGAGCUGUUUUUCAGAGGAGAAGAAGAUGCCUUGCAAGCAAGAAAACAAGUAACAGAAAAAGAGGAAUGGCAACAGAGGCUGCAAGAAAACUGGGAAAACUGUGCAAAUUUGAACCUUUCAUUUCAGGACUUGGGAGACCUUUACCAGCUAGAAAACUUUAACAGGAUUCUCCGGAGAUUAAUUCGAGUGGAAAGGCUUUGGUUGGUGGACAAUUCUUUGACAGACCUAAGUGCCAUAAGGUUGCCAAGAUGCAAAGAAUUAAAUGUCAGUAAAAAUCAUUUUACAUCCUUCAAACAGCUGCCAAAGAUACCUCAGAUUCGUCACUUGUCACUGGCUGAUAACAACAUUGAGACACUAAGUGGGAUAUCAAACUUGAGAUCUACUCCACUAGAAUCCCUUAUACUCAAGAGGAACCCCUGUGAGUUUAAAGAAAACUACAGGCAGCUAGUGUUCUCCAAUUUGCCAAGCUUGAGAACGCUGGAUGGGGUCCCAAAGCUGCCAGAAGAUUGUCCACCUCCAGAGAUCGGUUUUCUUUCAAAAAUGUGCACCAUACUGUAGCACUGUAUUUUGUAUCAUAAUGGAGCUAAUGGAAUUGCCAUACUUAACAGAACUAAUAAAUCCAGUACAUACACUUUUUUUUCUGAUCAAA